CAAACUACAAAUAAUAAUGAUUUUUAUUAAAUACUGUGAUAUUUUCCAGUGAAUUAAAUUAUAAAUAAUAUGAAAAUGGCAGAAUUAAAUCAAAAACCAGCUUUGGACAUAGUUUACUUAGCAAUAUCUGCUCUGUACAACAAUCCAAAUAAUGAAGAAAAGGAAAGGGCCUCUCAGUGGUUAGGAAUCCUACAAAAAUCAGUUUUUGCAUGGACAAUUGCAGAUGAACUUCUCCACCACAAAAGAGACUUGGAAUCUUGUUACUUUGCUGCUCAAACAAUGCGUAGUAAAAUACAGCAUUCCUUUCAUGAAUUACCCUUGGAAGCACAUGUAUCUUUGAGGGAUUCAUUAUUGGAGCAUAUUAGUCAAAUAAAUGAGAAUACAAAUACUGUGAUAGUAACCCAGUUAUGUCUAGCACUUGCAGAUCUUGCACUACAGAUGCCUACCUGGCAUAGAGCUGUUCUUGAUUUGAUAAACAGAUUUUCAUCGACACAUACAUGGCCCCUAUUAGAGGUUUUAACAGUUUUACCUGAAGAAUUGGAGAGUCGUUCAGUGAGAAUAGGUGAAAAUAGAAGACUGGAACUUUUGGAGGAUUUAAAAACAUGUGCUCCUACCAUUAAUGAAUUUUUAAAACAUUGCUGUAACACAAAUUGUGAUAAUAUGUCAGUGAACAUUAAAAUUAUUCGUUGUUUUACAUCAUGGGUAUCUGUAAGAGCAAUUUCUUUAGAUGGAAUCCAUUUUCACAUUGUUCUUUUAAAAGCUUUUGAUAUUUUGGUACAUAAAGGAGAAGGAGAGAAACAGUCUGUACCUGGAGCAAUGCAUGAUGCAGCAGCUGACUGCAUAUGUACAAUGUUACAAUGCUUGGAAGAUGAGCACCAGGCUUUAGAAAUGUAUUUAUUCAACAACAUAAUGACCCUUGAAGUGGCAUAUCACAUGUCUGUUGCUAAAGAAGACCAAGAAAAGUCAAUGAAUUAUUGCCGAAUAUUUACGGAAUUAGCCGAGACAUUUUUAAAACGUAUCAUUUCUCAAUGCAACGGCGAGAGUCAACCUUAUGCUGAGCAAAUCCUUGACCUGGUGCUGGUCUGUCUAGGACAUCAUGAUUAUGAAGUGGCUGAAGUUACAUUUAACUUUUGGUAUCUUCUUAGUGAAGAAUUGUACCAGACCAACACAAAACAAUUAACGGAUAUUGAAGCUGUUAAGCACUAG